AUGCCGGGCCGCUUGCGAAAAUCUCCGUUGAAGAAGCCAGAUCGAGCAUACCUUGCCCUCGGCCUCGAAGGCUCGGCCAAUAAAUUGGGUGCAGGGAUCAUAAAACAUGACAUCGACGGCUCGUCGUCGGUGCUCUCGAACGUCCGGCACACAUACAUCACCCCUCCAGGCGAGGGUUUCCUGCCCCGCGACACCGCUCAACACCAUCGAGAGUGGGCACUCAAGGUCAUCAACGACGCUGUUAGCAAGGCCGGGAUCUCGUUGCAUGACUUGGAUUGUAUAUGCUACACAAAGGGACCCGGUAUGGGUGCUCCGCUCCAGUCAGUAGCAAUCGUAGCGCGAACGCUCUCACUGCUGUUCGACAAGCCCCUCGUCGGGGUGAACCACUGCGUCGGCCACAUCGAGAUGGGCCGCGAGAUCACGGGCGCGCAAAACCCGGUCGUGCUCUACGUCUCGGGCGGGAACACCCAGGUGAUCGCGUACUCGCGGCAGUGCUAUCGCAUAUUCGGCGAGACGCUCGACAUCGCCGUCGGGAACUGCCUCGAUCGCUUUGCGCGCGUGAUCAAUCUGAGCAACGACCCCAGCCCAGGAUACAACAUCGAGCAGGAGGCGAAGAAAGGGACCCAUCUCCUGCCGUUGCCGUAUACGACCAAGGGGAUGGACGUCAGCCUCUCUGGAAUCCUGACAUCCACGGAGGCGCUGACCCUAGACAAGAGAUUCCGGCCAGAUGGCAAGCCGCGAGGGCCGGACGAUCAAGAUUUCUUUACGCCUGCGGAUCUGUGCUUUUCUCUGCAGGAGACCGUGUUUGCGAUGCUCGUCGAGAUCACAGAGCGGGCCAUGGCUCACAUCGGCAGCAAAGAGGUGCUCAUCGUGGGCGGGGUCGGCUGUAACGAACGGUUGCAAGAGAUGAUGGGUACAAUGGCCGAGGAGCGCAGUGGAAAGGUUUUUGCCACUGACGAACGGUUCUGCAUCGAUAACGGCAUCAUGAUCGCGCAGGCUGGUUUGUUGAGUUUCAGAAUGGGCCAUUCUACACCGCUGGAAAAAAGUACAUGUACACAAAGGUUCAGAACCGACGAAGUACACGUUGCAUGGAGAGCAUAG